AUGUCAAUACAUCCAUAUCAUAAAGAAUUACAAGUUGCUACAUUAGCAAUUAAAAGAGCAUCAUUAUUGACUAAGCAAUUAUCGGAUUCAAUUCAAGAAUUACAAACCGUUGGAACAAUUACAAAAAAUGAUAAAUCACCAGUGACCUUGGGUGAUUUUGCAAGUCAAGCCAUAAUAAAUUAUGCUAUAAAAUUAAAUUUUCCUAGUGAUGAAAUUGUUGGUGAAGAAGAUUCAAAAGAUUUACAAACCAACUCAAAACUCAGCUCCCAAAUACUUGAACUAAUUGAAGAUAUCCAAAAAGAAACUAAAGACUAUGACUCUGUUCUUGGUUCUUUAAAGACUGUAGACCAAAUUUAUAAAUCUAUUGAUUUUGGUGAUUCUUCCGGUGGUUCUCAUGGUCGAUUUUGGGCAUUAGAUCCCAUUGAUGGAACAAAGGGGUUUUUAAGGGGUGAUCAAUUUGCUGUUUGUCUUGCUUUAAUAGAAGAUGGUCAAGUCGUAUUGGGAGUAAUUGGAUGUCCAAACCUCAAUGAGGUGAUAAUUUCAAAUACUGAACAAAAAGGAACCAAAGGUGGUUUAUAUUCAGCUAUAAAAGGGGUUGGUUCUUAUUAUUCUCAUUUAUUCGAGCCUGGAUUCAUUGAAUUAAAUAAGCAAAGAAGAUUGAAAAUGUCAGAAAAUGUCAAACCUGUCGAUUUAAAAGUGGUUGAAGGGGUUGAAAAAGGUCAUUCUUCACAUGACACCCAAUCUAAAAUCAAAUCUCAACUUGGUUUCAAUCCAAAUACCGUUUCACAACAGACUAUUAAUUUAGAUUCUCAAGUUAAAUAUUGUGUUUUAGCUAAUGGGAAUGCUGAUUUAUAUUUACGUUUGCCCAUAAAUGAACAAUAUAGUGAAAAAAUAUGGGAUCAUGCAGCUGGUAAUAUAUUAGUUACUGAAUCCGGUGGUAAAGUAAGUGAUAUAACUGGAAAUGAAUUAAAUUUUGGAAAUGGUAGAUUAUUGGAAAGUAAAGGUGUUAUUGCUAGUAAUAGAGAAAUAUUUGAUAAAGUUAUAGAUGCAAUUAAACAAGUGACUUAA